ACACUCCUCGUGGUAUAUUCAGGGUAAACAGGAGGCGACAGGUCAACAAAACUUCAACGUGUUAUUCACAGAAGUUGGAUUAAUUGCGUGAUCAGUCGUUGAUGAAUAUUGAACAUAUUUGGGAACAGACGACCUGGUGAAAGUGUGAAUGUAUGAAGGUUAAUAGGAGGUUAUAAUACCCUAAGGUUUGGUCCAACAUGUCGAGCCUGUUCAGACGGGUGUCCAACUUGGUGUGGGGGUCCCGUCGCUCGGCUCCCAGAGAAAAAGACAAAAAGAGCCCCAAAUCUGGGAGGAAAAAGAAAGGAAGGAAAGACAGAGAGGAUGAGACGAAACAUGCCGAGGUUAGUUCCGUGAAACAAACUAUAAAUAACAGAGCGACGGAUCAAGCUGUGCUACUCAGCCGUGACCGUCACGCGCACUCAGAAGACAUGGCGGACGCCUCAGUAGCAGACGACACGAUCCAUACCAACAAGUCCAGCGUUGAAUCUCACGUGCGAGAGGAGGAAACACUGAAAGGUAGUGAUAUGGCUAAGUUAAACAGUUCGCCGUCUUGUGGAGACGACAAUGUGACUUUGCUUGCAUCACAAGCUUCAGGCGACAGCAAACGUGAGGGCGCGGAUACUAAAUUUGCACAGACAGGCUCGAAAGAAAGUGAAUUGACCGACUCUGGCGACUCCCAAACCUCAAGCUUGAGUCACUUGGAGACCAUAUCGGAGAAAGAAGCGAGUUUGUUACUGAACGAAAUGUACAGUGAGAGCUCUGUUGAUUCGGAACAUGGAACAGGAUCUGAAAAAGAAAAUCAAAAGCCUAAAAAGGGAAUUAAACACAUACUUCGUCGAAAAAUAAGCGCGACGUUGAUGAAUAUUGAUUUGGAGCAGUGUGAUCCUGAGAUUUGUGUGAGUGUGUUAAAACUACCGUCUGUGAACACGUUCGGUGCUUUGAAGAAGAAGGUAAAGUCCAGUGGGAAAGAAUGGAUGCAAGGAUUCCUGGACGCCAAAGGUCUGGACGCACUGCUGGACUGUGUGGACACCCUUGGAAGUAAACGGGUAACCCAGCUGUCUGAUGCCCUGCUUCUCCUUGAAUGUGUGGCUUGUAUCAAAGUGGUGAUGAACUCCAAACUGGGCUUGGAAUGCCUGGUCCAACAUCCAGAUUACGUCAACAGACUCGUCAAAGCCCUGGACACGACGAACGCUAUGGUCAAGAAGCAGGUGUUCGAGCUGCUGUCCGCCCUGUGUGUCUACUCCCCAGAGGGAUAUCGGCUUGCCCUAGACGCCCUGGAGACGUUCAAGACGAUGAAGAAACUGCGAUAUCGAUUCAGUCUGAUCGUGAACGAAGUGAAGGGGGCGGAGUUAGUGCCGUACAGGACAACGUUGGUAGCGUUCAUCAACUGUAUCCUGGUGGCCACCGACGAUCUGAGGGAACGAACCAUGAUUAGGAGCGAGUUUAUAGGUCUCAACCUCCUCGACCUUAUCCAUGAGAUGCGCGACAUCGACGACGAUGACCUCAACAUUCAGUGUGACGUCUUUGACGACGAGAAGCACGAUGAUGACGAGGAGCUUGCCGCCAUGACGUCAGCAGCGCUUGACAUCAGCAACCCAGAGGAGGUGUUCAAGGUAGUCCUUCAGAAGGUGUACAACACCCCCCACGCCGACGUCUUCCUGUCUAUCCUGCAGUCACUGUUGCAGAUCGACCCAGACACACAUCUCAGUGACAACCAGUGGAAGCUGAUGGAGUUGGCGUCGCGCAAGAUGGUGGUGCUGAAAGAUACAGAAGACGUCAACAAGAUGGUGGUGGACAGGAUAAUGUCACCCCGCGCGUUGCCCCCGAGAGACGAGGCUAACCGGAAAGACAUUGCAAUACAGACUGAAAAACUUCCGACUGGUAGUGGCGAAGUGCCCGGAAGUGAGGGAGUUGUCUCCCCUUCGACAGGAGAGGUUGUGUUAGUGAAUGGCUUAGACCAUCCAACGAAUGGACUCAUUUUGCCGCCAACAAAACCAACAGAAGCCUGGACUGAAGAGAGUCAAGUUGGCACAGCCAGUGAGGUUUCCUGCUCGUCAUCAAAUCAAGUCUGUGAUAGAGAUUCUUCCAGUAAUGGAUUAUCAAAUGGUGCUAAUAACUCCUCAACAAAUGGUGCUAUCCCUCCACCCCCACCUCCACCACCUCAAAGUGCUUCAGCGUCUUCUACACCGCUAGCGCUACCACCUGGGGUGCCCCCGCCCGCCCCUCCUCCACCAAGUGGGAUACCUCCACCACCCCCUCCACCGCCACCACCAGGGGAAUUCCGCCACCCCCCUCCACCACCAGGGUGAAUUCCGCCACCCACCCCACCACCACCCCCCUCCAGGCGGUGGUAUUCCCCCACACCUCCACCUCCACCCGGCAGCGGCAUUCCUCCACCACCCCCACCCCCAGGAGGUGGACCACCUCCGCCUCCACCUCCACCAGGUGCACCCCCACCCCCAGGUGGAAACCGACCACACCCUCUUCAGUUCCGGAGUCCUGUUCCUAGUUUCCAAGGGAUCUCAACGCCAAAACCAAAACACAAAAUGAAGACUUUUAACUGGUCGAAGGUGCCGCCAACGGCAAUGAACAGUGAGGACAACGUGUGGAAGGAGGUUUUGACCAUGUCUGACAAGGUGAAGGUUCAGUACGACACCAUUGAACAGCUCUUCUGUCAGAAGACGGUGGACAAGACUAAACCUGUAGAACAGACCAAGGUCAAGGCUCCAACAGAGGUGAACCUUCUGGACAUGAAGCGCAGCAUGAACGUCAACAUCUUCCUGAAGCAGUUCAAAGCCAAAAAUGAGGAGGUGGUCCAGAUGAUUAAAGAUGGUGAUGAUGCUGUCAUUGGUGCAGAGAGACUUCGAGGACUACAGAAGAACAUCCCGGAGCCAGAUGAGAUCGCGACCAUCAAGGCGUAUGACGGCGACAAGGCGAAGUUGGGGAACGCUGAGAAAUUCUACCUACUGCUGUCCGAUCUGUCUGGCUACAAGGUCAGGGUCGAGGGCAUGCUUCUGAAGGACGAGUUCCGCACCAUCAUGGAGACUCUCGUCCCCAACGUCAGGGUCGUCAUCGAUGCCGGGAAGAUGGUCAUGGAUAACGAGUCGUUGAAAGCCUUCUUGAGAUACGUCUUACAUACGGGCAACUUUAUGAACUCGGGCGGGUAUGCGGGGAACGCCCUCGGCUUCAAGGUGGCCUCCCUGACCAAGCUGAUGGACACUCGGGCCAACAAACCCCGGGUGACGCUGCUGCACUAUCUGGUAGGGGAGGCGGAGAAGGAGAGUGGGGAGAUACUGGACUUUGCUCAGGUCCUCCUACCCACUCUGACAGCUGCAAGCAGACUGACGGUGGACAAUCUCAAGUCUGAGCUUGGUCAGCUGAAGACAAGCGUGAAGAAGCUGCAGGCUCAAGUGGACAAGUCUGGAGACGACAUCAAAAACCAGUUCCAGAAGUUCAUGCUGUCAGCCGGUGUAGACAUAAAAGCCGUUGAUGAUAAAUUUGAGGAGGUGGAUGAACUCGCGAAGAAGAUGGCACACCACUUCUGUGAGAAUGAGAACAGUUUCAAGAUGGAGGAGUGCCUGACGACCUUCAAGACUUUCUGUGAGAAGGUCAAUCAGUGUCAGAAGGAAAACACUCAAAGGCGGAUUCAAGAGGAAAAAGCUGAGAGACGGAAAAAGGAACAAGAAGCCAUGAAGGCCAAGCACGGAAACAAAGCAAUCAAGCCACCCCAGGAAGACGACGGAUGCAUCAUCGACCGCCUCCUCAAGGACAUCAAGAAAGGCUACUCUCUCAGGAAAGCUCCAACAAAAUCCAGACCGGAAAAGGCCACCUUUGGCAAGGUCGUUGUUGAUGAGGACACGAAACCUAAGGGAGACGUUAUUGUUGAACCUUCCAAGACAGAGUCUACUUGCUGACCUGGACCUUUGUUGAAAGUGAAUGUUUUUGUUAUCGAUACGUCUGAAGCGACGGCUUCCGACUGUGAUGCCCAUUACAAGUCACAUUAGUAACUGUGGUCAAGAUGUCCGAGGUGUUUUUGUGUAGGUGAAUAUUUUGGAUUGACGUGACGAAGAUCCGACACUACAUUUCCGUAACUGAAAAGGACAUUCGGCUUUUCUCGGAAUGAUCCGAGUUGGAUCCGAUAGUUACACAAUUUUGUGAUCUCAGUUACCUGUUAUUUGUUGAGGACGUUGUUGUUGAUGAUUUUAAUAUAUAUUUUUCAAUCGAAAUCUGUUGUAUUGGAAUUUUGAAACUGAAAAUUCAGUUCUUUGAAAAUCAGCGUUAAAAUCCAAGUUUCGUUCAAGCACUUCUCAGACGACCACUCCAGCGUGUAAGAGUCAGCACGUUUCCAAAAAAUAUAUAAUAUGUACUUGAUUAAUUCCAAUAUUUAGAACGCUUAUAAACAAUAGACUUGCAAUAAUCUGACUGUCACGCUUAUCAAAUGUUUGUAAGCAAUAUAGCGUGCAUAGUUUUCAGAAAAGUACAGUGUGUGAUCACGCACUUGUGGUAUAAGGGAGAUAAUCGAGUCUUCCUCUAUCCUUGUAAAUGGUUGUAGUGUAAUUAACACUGUUAAUUAUUGCUUGAUAUUGCCAGGUCUUGAAUGAAUAUAUUUAUAUAUCAUGAAAAGUGUUUAACCUUAGGAGGAAACAUCACUUGAACACUGAAGCAAUUUGAAAAAUGCACAUUCAUUUUUGUAAAUAUUUUGGCACAGGUGGCCUCACAAUCCAAUUGGGGCGUUCUGGGUAUAAGGGCAAGAGAUUCUUAAACACAACCGGUUCGAAGUGGAUGUGUUUGGUGAUGAACUUGAGCACAAAAACAGCAUCUUUUCUGUUUUGAGUUAUUAAAGUUGAGAAUGCGUUUUCAAGGUGUUUCAGUAAAAUAUUCAAAUGCUUCAAGUGGAAUUUGGAUCUACAAACAUUAGGCAGCCAUUACGUAAUGUAUAUAUAGUGCUUCAUUUCGAAUUACAUUCUUAGAACACGAUCUCGGCAUAAUUACUUCUACUCCGAUGUAGUGUUUAAAUAACUGUAUAUUUAUGUACAUAAUCUAUACUUACUGUAUAUAUUUAUUUGUAUAUUUGUCAAUCUUUCCAUUCACUACAUUAAAAUACCGCAUUUACAUUUGAAUUGAGAUUCCAUGUUUUGACGGCACAAACCCAUUAACCCACAUCUUCCACACCCAGGGUACAGUCACUAUGUGUGGAAAAUGAACCCUUACCCCCUAGGACGGAAUUAAAAACUGAUCUGUAUGCUGUUAUCAGUAACAUAAUUAUGGGUUCAUCAAUAAAAAAAAUUCCUAAUGUCCACUUUCCAGUGUUAAAACAAAUGUUCGUUAUUCAGGGGUUCCUCGCUAAGGGCGCUUCACUCAACUAUGGUUACAAUAUAUAUUUACAGGGUACGACAUGUUAUUACAGACGCGACAGUCUGUAAGCAAUAUUUCAAUGUUCCCCAUGAGGCGGGAAGGCUUUACUGUAUACGUUAAGCUGGUAUUGUAUCUGGGUCACAAGUUGGAGCUCAGUUGACACAGAGAAACCCCGUUUGUCCGGACACCCCACAAUGUCAACUAUUCCUUGAAUACAUACACCAUACCUGGGAAAAGGUCUUCUGUAUUUCCAACUGCUCCGAAUAAUAAUAUCCUUACAAAAUACGUUACGUUGAUUUCAUUUCGAUAUAUGCCCAUGACUAUACAGGUAGCUGCUGAAAGUUUAACACACGAACGCUGAAUGUGACACUGGAGUCCCCAGUACUGCCACGUCAUAUGGUGGAAGCAUAUGUGAGUGAGUGAGGGAGUUGAGUUUGACGCCGCUUUUAGCAAUAUUCCAGCAAUAUCACAGCGGGGGACACCAGAAAUGGGCACAGUGUACCCAUGUGGGGAAUCGAGAAGUAUAUAAGAGGCUGGUCGAAUUACCAUUGCCUUUGAACUGUCACAAAGCAUGUAGUUGACAGAUUCUAAUUUCCAUGUUUUAACCUGAGUAGGUCACUUUGGAAACGAGUUGUUUCUAUUGUCUCAGACAUAUGUCAUUAUUUUAUGUAUGAAAAGACAGUUUCAUAUGGUAAUAUGUACUGAACGAGGCAUUUUUAUUCUCCCGGUGUAUGUACUAAAAAGAUUCAUUACAACCCAUGGCUGAUUUCCUCAUCCAGAAUUUGCUUUGUCACGACAAUUAAUGUACUUAGAAACGAAGUUUUACCAAUCGGAACUGUCGGAUGCUCCGUUCCUCAAAUCAGCCUAUCCUGAUGUGUAACACCAACAGAAUGUUGCCGAGAAUGGUUGUACCCAUUCGUCAACAGUCGUCCCUUUCCGUUACCUGUAAGAACAGCGGCAUGUCCCGGAACAAAACGAGUUAUUACGAAUGAGGUUGUACUGGGUAUUUGGAUGGUUUAGGUUUUAGCUGAUAAAACAUGGACUCUCAGUUUAACUCUAUAUUGUACUCGGCAGAGCCAUCUGAAACUGUUUCUAUUUUUUUAGUCGAUAAAACUGUUGAACAGCCAGUCUACCACUGCGUGUAGUUUCUUACACAAAUAAACAUCUAUGCAUUUUCAGCA